GAGAAGGCGCGUGCAGCGCGUUCGGGUUUUCACCCGUUUCUUUUUUUCCAUAAAAGGAAUACAAUUCUGUCCUUUAUUUGGAAACUAGCUGUCAAUUAGGUUUACCAGUACUCCUUGGGUGAGACCCAAACACCAAGAGCUUCAGUUCUGCACCACCAUGGAAGCUAGCUAUCAAUAAGAUAAAAAUUGAGAAGAUAGAGAAGCUUUCCGGCGAGGCAAGUGACGUUUUCAAAGAGGAGAAAAGGGCCUUUCACGAAAGCCGGAGCGAGAGUUAUCGAUCUGUUCUUUGCGACGCUGAUCGAGGUUGCUUUCAUUGUGUUCUUGACAGUAUAAGACUCUGAGUGCUCCAGCUCCAGGUUUUCAUUAGUCCAAAUCCCGUGUUCAAAGUCCCAUAGUGUUCGACUGUUCGUCUCCAGUCCAUAGCAAAGGUCGUGGGUUCGAAGUCCUCUCCCAAAUGCAUAGGUCACUCCAACGCAUAGGUGUGUCAUGUGCGUACCCCUUGAGAAAGUUGAAGGCUAGCUAGCUAGCUAAAAUGAAACCAACGAGGAAGAAGAUAAAGAUCAGGAAGAUUGACAACUUGCCGGCAAGGCAGGUGACGUUUUCAAAGAGGAGAAGAGGGCUGUUGAAGAAAGCUGCUGAGCUUUCGGUUCUCUGUGAUUGUGAGUAUGCUGUCAUCAUUUUCUCAGCUACUGGAAAGCUCUUCGAGUCAUCUAGCUCCAGCACCAAGGAUGUCAUUGCAAGGUACAAAGAGCACAAUGAAAAUGUGGAGAAGUUGGAUCCGCCAUCUCUCAAGCUCCAAGCUGAUUACAUGAAGUUAAGUAAGGAACUUGCAGACAAGAACCGCAUCCUAAGACAGAUGAAUGGUGAGGAUCUCGAAGAGUUGAAUAUAGACGAGCUGCAGAAAUUGGAGAAGGACAUUGAAGGAGGACAUAGCCGUGUCAUUCAUGUUAAGGUUUUUGAAGAAAAGAUUGCGAGUGAGAUCCUGGCACUUGAAGCAAAGGGAGCGGAGUUGUUGGAAGUGAACAAUCAGUUGAAGCAGAGGAUGGGGAUGUUAUCCACUGCAAAUGGAAAUAUAGCUGGUGUACUCGCCAUGGAGUCGGAAACCUCAACGUCAGAAGAAGAUUUGUCAUCGGAAUGCGACACAAUUGCCAGCAGUUGCUGCGGUAAUGGUUCUUCCCCAGAUGAUGACUCUGGUGAAGACACUUUAUCUCUCAAACUUGGACUUCCUUACCGUGGCUGAAGUGGGAAGAUCCUAAGGGUGAAAGUUGCAUGGCAUUUGUAAUAAAAUGAAGUACACUGUAAGAAGCUAUGCCGGAUAUUUGUAUGUGUGUAUGUCUUUGUUACAUGGGUACAUGUAGAAUCAGAAGACAUGGCUUGUAGUGUGUGAAAGACGCGAGAACUUGCCAAUGUUCUUGGAUGAUGUCAAAUUCUAACCCGAGCCCAAUAUUUGUUCAACAAUGUUUACUGUUUAUGGUAUGUAAAACGGUGUGUUUAUGAGUUGUAUGAAAUGGACCGACUAAUUUGGGCCAUAAUCGAA